GUGGGUGUUUUCUCUGUGUGUCUCGUUGCARCUCAUCUUUUGCCCUGCGGUCGGUCGGGGCUCGCGUUUUAUUUAUUUAUUUYCCCCCCACKGCUGUUUACUUCGACGGCACCGAGGUGUUUUUGUUGUCCUGCUUGACUCGGCUCUUCUUCGUGUCGGGUCGAGCUCCUCCGGACUGUACCGCCGCAGCAGCAGUACAAGAAGAAGUCGGCUAGGCCUGAAGCCACAAACACCUAUGGACUUUGGAAAACAAACCUAAGUGUCUCCGGAGUCGGAUUGUUUGAGAAACAGAAAAGAGCAGCACAAAGAAGGAGUAAAGGACUCCCUUUUUAGGACAACGUUCCAACAGCUGAGACAGGAUAUGACACGUUAAAUCUCACUGUGGAAUGUAUGACAAUGGUGAGUGUGAAUGGAGCAGUGUGCGAGUACGGCCUCCCUGCUGGCCUCGGUGUGGGAGCAGGAGAGGCAGUUUGAGAUGCUGAGCCGAGCUCUGGAGGAGGAGCGGAGGUCGUGUGCCGGCACCUUGCCCCGCCCCCUCCCCAACAUGCAGAACGGCCGUAUUCCUUGUGAUGCAGAAAUAGAGAGGUUGACAUUGAGUGAGGGUUACAUCAACGGGACACAUCACUUCAGGAUGGAGCCUGGUCAGAUGGUGCAGGAGACAUAUACGGUGGAGGAGGACCCUCAUGAGCUGCCACCUGUUGUCUCAGUGGAGACCAGUGAUGAUGGGACCACACGGCGCACAGAAACCACGGUAAAAAAAGUUGUAAAGACCACCACCACUCGAACAGUCAUCCCCUCUGUGUCAGACACGCUGUCCAUAGACGGUGGAGGGUCACUUGUGGGGGGCUACACCUCUUCACCCAUGGACCUGGGCUACAGGCAGGGCCCUGCAGGUGCAGUACCCAUGGAUUACCCUGCCCGCACCGUACCCCGCAACUACAACUACGCACCUCCGGGGGGAUACGAUGACUACCGUGCUGCACCUACAUCUGAUGCGUACACGAGCCUUAGCCGGGGCGCUCGUAUGGAUGAUCGCUACAGACCGGUCCAUCCAGAUGGCUACAGAACUCUGGAUCCGAGCUACAGAGCCCCCAGUAGAAACCAGUUGGACCCUUAUGCUGCUCAGCCACAGGUUGGGCGUUCAGAGCUAUCCGCCAUUCCGAGGUUUGUUCCGGAUUCGUACGGUCUGGAGGAUGAUCAACGCAGCAUCGGCUUCGAUGAGCCUGACUAYGGCAUGGGAAACCCAGUGCACUACAGCACAUUGCCUCUGAACCACCAUGUCUACACUGGAGGAACCCCGCGCAGGGCUGGGAGUUAUGAAGCUCUUUUGGACGGUGCGUCAGACAUGUUCUAUUAUAGCAGAGGGGCACCAUUGGCUCAGGGGGAGAGGGGAAGCAUGGCUUCUCUGGACGGCACCCUGAGGAAAGGACCCCCACCUGGUGGCUGGCGUGAGCCGGAGCUGCCAGAAGUCAUCGCCAUGCUCAACUACAGGCUGGACCCCGUCAGGAGCAACGCAGCUGCGUAUCUGCAGCAUCUCACCUUUAAGAAUGACAAAGUGAAGUCUGAUGUUCGUCGUCUAAAAGGCAUUCCUGCUCUGGUGUCRAUGCUCGACAACCCAAACAGAGAGGUCCACUUUGCAGCUUGUGGAGCACUAAAGAACAUUUCUUAUGGCAAAGAGGCAGACAAUAAAAUAGCCAUUAAGAACUGUGAUGGAGUUCCUGCCCUGAUCCGGCUGCUGAGGAAGAUCCACGACCAGGAGCUCACAGACAUCAUCACAGGCACGCUGUGGAACCUGUCGUCCCACGAUUCUGUAAAAAUGGAGAUCGUGGACCACGCGCUGCACGCCCUCUCCGACGAGGUCAUGGUGCCCCACUCGGGCUGGGAGCAAGGCAGCAACGGGGCAGCUGGUGGCGAAGAAAACCUCAAGCCCAGACAUCUUGAGUGGGAGGUGUCGCUCACUAAUACGGCAGGCUGCCUGAGAAAUGUAAGUUCAGAGCGAAGUGAAGCCAGGAGGAAGAUGAGGGAGUGCACAGGAUUGGUGGACUCUGUCAUGUACAUUGUUCAGUCCCAGAUUAACUGUAAGGAUAUGAACAAUAAGCUGACGGAGAACUGCGUCUGUCUGCUGAGGAAUUUGUCUUAUCACUUGCAUCGUGAAAUACCCGGACAUGAGCGCUACUUUGAGGCCACGCCCGUCAGUCAUGGCCCCGCCUCCUCCAGCCAGAAGGGCGGCUGCUUCAGCUCUCGCAAGGGCAAAGAUGAGUGGUUUUCCAAAGGGCCAAGAGAUGAGAGCGCAGCUAACGAACCAAUGGAUAUUCCAAAGAGGACAUCUCCUGCUUCAGGUUAUGAGCUGCUGUUUCAGCCAGAAGUGGUCCACAUCUACAAAUCACUGCUGAUGGAGUCCCAGAAUCCCACCGUGCUGGAAGCUUCAGCCGGAGCUAUUCAGAACCUGUGUGCUGGGCAGUGGACUUAUGGACGCUACAUUCGUACCAUGAUGCGCAAGGACAAGGGUCUGGCUGUAGUGGCCGAGCUUCUGGGCCACAGCAACGACCGAGUAAUCCGAGCCAUGUCUGGAGCUCUUCGCAACCUCGCCAUAGAUCCUGUCAACAGGGAACUACUAGGUCAAAAUGCAAUACCUCCUCUUGUAGCCAACCUGCCUAGUAGUGGUCAGAAUCAGCCGUCAAAACCGGUGUCGGAGGAGACCGUGGUKUCCAUCCUGAGCACCCUCCACGAGGUGCUGGGCUCCAGUGUYGAAUCAGCCAAAAUCCUCAGGUCCAGUCAAGGAAUCGAGAGACUAGUGCUCAUCAAUAAGGACGGUCGGCACUCUGACCGAGAAGUACGCGGAGCCGGUCUGAUUCUGCAGAAAGUCUGGGGCUACAAAGAGCUCCGUCGCACUUUGGAGAARGACGGCUGGAAGAAGACCGACUUCAUGAUCAACCCGAAUCCUUCUGGCAACAACACCAGAGYGAAUGGAGAGGCCGAGGAAAGCUCUGUUCCACUCAUAGACAAAGGGGGCAGAAAUGACGGAGAAUCAAUUCCAAUGAACGAUAUGGGACCAGAUGCCUACUCCACACUGGAUCCGAGAGGAAGACGGAACACGCUGGAUAACACACUCGAACCUGCUGACAAAGAUGCGGCUCAGGGAGAGAUGUAUGGGGAGAGGCAGGCCUCCUUGCCUCUGAUGGAUUCUUAUGAUGAAAAACUGAUMGUGUGCAUCACGAGACGACAGCCUCCCCCCACUUACUGCCCCUGCUGAACUGACACCACAAGGGACCACAACACUACCAACGGGACUCAACUCCAACAUUUACACUCACUCCUCCUCAUAGCUUCUCUCUUCUCUCUGUUUCUGUCUGUGCUACAUUCCUCCUUCGCAGCGGACAUGUGAAUGAAACCACGCGAAUCGUCUCGUGGACCUAAAGCUUCCUGUGGACAGCCGUUAGUGACACUAUGACCACUCGAUCUACAACACUAACGCUCGUCAGAAACCAGGGACCGAGGCUUUGUUUGAGAACUUCUCUUUGGAUUUUAACCAGUUAAAGGAUCGGAGUCUGACCCUUUCUGAUGAAAUUUUACAUUUAUGUUGAUGACACUGUUUAGAAGAAAGCUCCUUCCUUGUUAAACACUACAACAAUAAUUUCUAUUUAAAUUUUAAAUUUUGUUGUUUAUGCUGUGGUUGCUCUUAAACUUGCUUUACUCCAAAACAUUUAUACACCGUACCUGUGCCAAAUGACAAAAACAAGUUUGUCAUAAAAGUGGGUUUUUGUUCCCCGGUAGCUACACCAGUAUCAUCAUCUGCUUUUAUUUUCAGCUCAUCGCCAAGGCAUUCUCAGUUCACAGAAAAAGCAUUAUCCUAGUUUUGUUUUCUUUUUUUAAAGCAGUCUUUAUCGAGGUAAUUUUUGGGAGACACUACAAGAAUCSGUGGAUGCAUUAAAUUGUUUUUGCUUGCCUUUAACCUGAUGAAUGUGUAAAUAAAAACAAAAGUCUUAGCUGCGGGGUUAACUAGAGUGCCUCACAUAUUCAGGAUGGAGCUGAAAACCUGGAAGACAUUCAAUUGUCUUUUCACUGCAGCUAGCAGGUUUUAGAAAUAUAUAUAUUUUAUUUUACGGUUAAACUCAUCAAAUCUGUCUUAUUUCAUGCUUUACAAACCCGUGGUCUACCUGCCAAUAUUUUCUCAGUUUUGCCCACAUUAGUGCAGCGUAAGAUGUAGAUAAUCAGUGGAAUAUUAAAAGAAGCACUAUGAGGGCAUAAUCUUUACUUUUCUAUCUUUGUUUUUAUAUUUUGUUUAUACCAGUUGAAAAAUGACAAAGCCUUAUUUUCCCAAGCAGAGAAAUUGYCUUCAUGAGUGAAUUUACUUAAAAAAAAAAAAACUGCAAGGGUUGGUGUCAGAAAAACCGUUCAGAGGCAAAUACCAUAAUUAGCUAAAAUAAAAUAAAAAAAACAUGGAAAAAUGAAUAAAAGCACAUUUAAACUAUAUAUAAUUACAAGAGAAUAUUUCUUAAUUUUAAUAGUUUUAUGUAUUUUAUUGAUUUGGUGUUAAUUGUUUUGGGUUUUCUGGGUUAAUGCAUAUGCAAUCAGUUUUUAUGUUUUGAUUGUAAYGUUCAGUUUAUGUCUUAAAGCAAACCAAGUUAGCUGAAUAAAAAACUUAUCACAUUCGUCAUGUAAAACAACAAAAAUCAGAUUGUGAACUACACCUUAAUCUCUUUGCCUUGGCUUUUGAAAACUUGCACAUUCUCAUUUAUGAUUGAAUUACGUACCUAGCAAUAAUGUUUUUAAUAAAAGAGAAACUGAUUUCUGAAUGCUA